UGCUCAACCUGGCAGAAGCGUACAGCAUACGCACACCGUCUGCUGUUUCCCUCCAAAAAUCCAUUUUUAACCUCCAAAAAAAUUUAUUCGAAAUUUCCCGACAUCCCUCCCAAAUGGACCAACCGUCUUCACCUCAUACAGCCAAUGCCGCCAACGAGUGGGAGCUCUGCAACGAAAACGGCUUCAUCUACAAACGCAAGAAGCGACGCCGCGUACUUAUCGAACCAGCACCGUUACCGGCGGAUCCCGAGGAAGAGGAGAAACGAAGGAGAGAGUGGAAGAGGAAUAAUCUUCUUAGAGUGAAAGAGAAAUACAAGAAAGAGAUCGAGGAGUGGGAGAUUUUGUCGAAAACUUUGAAGGUAAUGCAAGAGAAGGCUUUAGGGUUUCAAUUUCAACAGCAAGAAAGAGAGAAAUUAGGGGAGACAGAAGAGAAGCAGAGAAUGGCGUCCUUUUCAGGGUCUGAGAACAAAGAUAACGCCUCUGACUUUUUGGUUGAUGAGCUUCUUUUGCAGGCAGAGACUCGAGAGAUGACAAUUCGUGAUGUUUCCAAUUUGUGUGAUAUGGCAGAAGCAAUGUGCAAUGCACAAGAGGAGCGAUUGAAGCAAUCUUAUUUUGAUCUGCCAAUUUGGGCAUCGCUGCCUGACCUAAUGGCAUCGUUUUGUGAUGAGUAAGUAUCUUUUCAGAUUGUUCUUGGCUAUCAAAAGGAACAAGAUUGAACCUGGGGUGGACUCUUGCUGUAAUUUAUGUAUAACCUGU